GAAAGUAUUAUGAUGGAAGAUAAUAAAGAGCAUGUAAACAAAAUUAUGGUAUUCUAUGAUGUAGAGUCUGUAGAAGGUCUUAUCACAGCACAAGAAGAGGAAUAUCGGCCUAUUUCUGAUUUAUUUGAUUAUUACUAUGAAAAUAGAAGCUGCACUAAUAUUAAAUAUAAUAUUAGAGAAGUCGAAGACAACCAAAGGAAGCAAUUGUUUAAAUUGCUUAAGAAUAAUUCUGAUUUGU